GUGCGGCGUGUUGUGGCUGUCACCGCCAUGGCGGUGCYGGAGCAGCUGCGGGAGCUGAGCCGCCGGGCCUGGGAGCCCGCGCUGGCCCGGGCGCACCGCGCCGCCGUCCUCAUGGACGCGGCCUCCGCCGAGGCGCUGCACUGGGCCGGCGGGGCGGGCGAGCUGCUGGCGGCCGGGGCGCUGGCUGUCAGCGCGCUGUCCGCCGACGCGGCGGUGCCGGCUGGGGCGGCCCGCGUCGUGAUCGUGGUGAGCGGGACGCUGCGGGGCGGCACGGCGGCCGCGGUGCGCGGCGUGGUGGAGCAGGGCGCCGKGCGGCACUGCGUGCUGGUGUGCGGCGGCGAGGCGGAGGGCGGCGGAGCGGCCGAGCUGGAGGAGACCUUGCGGCGGUGGAUGGGCGAGGACAGCUGCCCCGAGGUGGUGCUGCGGGGCCCGCCGCUCCUGGCGCCCGUCUCGGCGGAGCUUUUCUUGCUGCCCGCCCUGGCARCGCUCUUCCCGCCGCUCACCGGCCCCGGCGGCCCCGGCCCCGCAGAGGUGAGCCUUGGUGCGCUGCCCGCCGAGCUGCGGGCGGCCGUGCGGGCCCUGGUGGGAGACCUCGACUUCCUCUUCAGCGCCCUGGGCCUGCGAGAGGAGAGCUUCGCUGUGGGGGCCCUCAGCAGAGUCAUCGCGUCUGAGCUGGCAAGCUAUGCCCCAGCCAGAAACAGGAGGAGGACAGCCACCCACAAGGCCUCUGUCAUCUUUGUGGACAGGACGUUAGACCUUGCUGGAGCAGUUGGUCAUCAUGGGGACAAUCUUGCAGAGAAGAUUCUUUCUGUGCUUCCCAAACUUCCUGGCCACAAGACUGAUGUGAUGGUUAACAUGGUGGAACUUACAGCACUGCAGGCUACAGAUGGAGCUUGCAGUAUUAUAGCACCUGGCUGCUUAGCACAACCAAAUGAUCCAGCCGCCAGAGCUCUCUGGGAGUCCUUCAYGAACCUCAAACAAAAGGAAGCUGUGAUGGAGGCCAGGAGACACCUUGUGGAAGCUGCGAGCAGAGAAAAUUUACCUAUUAAGAUGAGCAUGGGCAGAGUUACCCCAGAACAGCUCAGCUCAUACAUUCAGCUUUUCAGAAACAAUCUCAAAGCUUUGGAGAACCACUGUGGUCUUCUACAGCUUGUGCUGGCCACGGUCCAGACUUUGAAACAUGCCCAGACUUCCAAAUGGGACAAUUUCCUGGCUUUUGAGAGAUUACUUCUACAGACCAUUGRUGAGUCAGAAAUGCCCAGUGUUUUGAACCAGUUACUGCCAAUGAUCAAGUCUUACAACAAAAGGACGAAAGAUGAYUAUACCUGUGAGGACUUCCUUGUCUUGCUGGUAUACAUAUAUUCUGUGGUUGGAGAAAUCAAAUGUGGAAAAGAGMUGGACGCAGCUGAAAAAGAGGUGAAAAAGGCCCUUGUCAAGGCAAUUUGUGAUGAACCAGAGCCAUCUCCUUUGUUGCUGAAAAUUASAGGCUUUGACUCGUCACUGAAGCUGUCAUCUCAGAAAGCCACAGAUGCAAUGGACGGURUCUUUCGGUCCCUCAGGGAUAUUACCAGAGUCCGAAUGCACAUGAAACAGUUUAAUUCCAUACAUAAUCCGGGCAGCAACACCCACCAGGCUUCUUACAAACCUCUGCUGAAACAGGUGGUGGAAGAGAUCUGUAAUCCUGAUCGGCCUGAUCCUGUUGAUAUUGAGCAUAUGUCAUCAGGCCUCACUGAUCUCCUUAAAACUGGAUUCAGCAUGUUCAUGAAGGUGAAUCGCCCUCACCCUGGUGAUCAUCCUCUUCUGAUCAUCUUUAUGGUUGGUGGAGUGACUGUCUCCGAGGUCAAAAUGGUGAAGGAUUUGGUAGCAACACGCAAACCUGGUACCCAGGUAAUUGUGCUCUCCUCCAUACUCCUGACACCACACAGUGCUGUUGAGUUAUUGUUUGCCCCAGACCGUCUCCAGCCUGACGCUGAUAUCUGACGGGGGAGCCUAUGGAGAAGAUGAGUGAAUGCCUUGCCUGGAAACAUCACAUCCCUGGUCUGUCACUCUUCUCAAUAGCCCUCCAAAAACUGACAURUCACCUGCUGCAGCUCCAGGUGAAACAGCUGUGUAUCUGGCUGCAAGAGAAUGUCUGCAGCUUAUGGGCAGCUCUUCAAAAUGGUCCAGUUGUCCCACAGUUCUCCCCUCUUUAAUGAUAGCACUGGAGAAUCACUCCCAGCCUCACUCAGCAUGGUGAGGGUGAUUGUUUGUAAUAAUUCCCUAGAAUAGGAGCAGCUGAGGGCCAAGUGAUGCACAGUUUGCACUCCCCAAGCAGUACCUUUCUUCCUGGUGGUUUUGCUGGGCUUGGGGCUGGUGGGCAGUGCUGCUGAGGGAGUGAAAGGCUAGCAAAAUCCACCCUCUGUCGUGCUACCUUGCAAAAUGUGUGCCUUACACAAUGUUUACAGGCUCUGCUCUUACUUUGUCCCUCACUCUGGAGAGAUCGUGGAACACAGCCCUGAUUUAGCUGGCACAGCAGCUCCCAGUCUGGCGAUGCUCUUUCAGCAGGAUUCUUGGAGGCAGGGAAGCAGAGAGCCAGGUUUAAGGGCUGGGUUACAUGGCUGCUUUUCUCUCAGCUUUCCAUUUCCUGCUCUAGUUUCUCCACCCAGAGUCCCAGAAGAAAAGACUGUUUCUUAUGGCACACUUCUCUAUAGAUUUAUGCAGGAGGCCAUAUGGGCUGUAAUGGUUUGCUGAUAACCCCAAAAGAAUCCUCCCCUCACAUGCAUUUUAAAAAGAAAAGGAAAGAAGGGGGRAAAAAAAAGGGCAUGAUCCCAUUUUCAAGAGGCCACAGCGCAGACUCUUUCUUGAGCUAGAUUUCUGAACAGUAUGAUUGGAGAACAGCUUUUAUUUUUAAUUUAUGAUCAUGAAAAAGCUGCAAUCAAAUUCAGUUACAUAAUUUUUCUCUAUAAAACUUUGCUACAAUCUGUGAUGAAAAGCAGCAGCCAAUAGAGAAUUUAAUUGCAUAUUGCACCAAAAUUUCCAAAUUGCAACAUAAAAUGGUGGAGCGCUGAAGCUGCAUCCUCUUGCUUCAUCCGAGUAAUGCUACAACUACAGCUCACACUGGGAUGAGAAUGUAAAAUUAAGUGACAUUCACUCUAUCAUAGCAUUCUUUAUUAUGCCAAAGGAUUAGAUUAAAUAGGAAGUAGUUUUUUUAAUUUUGUUCACUAGCUAGCAUUAGUUCUCCUAAAUGUUUAUAAUGGUCUUCAGAAAAGGGUGAAUUUUGGUUUAAGUUCCCUUUUGAGUGGCUGGAAGGAAACAAUGGACUGAUUAUAAGGCGUGGACAAUGACGCCUCUAUUGAAGAGAAAUUUAUAAGAAUGACUAUAGAAUGGAACUUUGUGCUAUAAAAGAAUGAGAAAUGUUAUGAGAUUGCAAUAUUGAAAGCUCAAGGAAUAGUUUUAAUAGAGCAACUGGAAAGCAAGUAGCCAGUCUCUUGGUUUUUCUGUCAUUCUGUACUGUCCAAUCUUUCUUAGAAUAURGUUGUUUUGUAAAUUCUUUAAUCAAUAAAUCAAUGCUCUUACAAUGCCAAACCUGAUCUGUCAUCUCCUUUUCUGCUAGUAUGCAGAGCUACACAUGCCAGAACUGCGUACUCCUGCAAUCCCUCUUGCAUUAUUUCAUUGCCCCUAGGAAUCCAGACCUGUCUUGGGAGGUGUCCUAGAACAUUUCCUACCCUCCACUCCUAGCAGAAUGGCUCACCUGUGUCCAGUGGCCAUUGCUGAGCUCAGGUUCUCACAGCUCUGAGAUGCUGCUGCUUUGCUGAGGUGGUGGAAGCUKCCAGUUGUGGUCCCACUCCCUCACCUCUCUUUUGUCAAAUGCUCUCAGGUCUCAGGCUUGGCCAACUCAAGACCUACUGUAUUGCAAAGGCAGAGGGUGAGUCUAAGCAGACACUGCUGAUCGUGCACUUCCUCUGGGUCAAGUASCUCCUCUGACUGAGACAGAGACUCGUUUUCCAGGCCCACACACACUUYGGAGGAAUCGUCUCAGCCAGUGGGGCCACAGCUGUGGCAAUUGAUGCUGGAACUCAGCCAUCAUCCCRUACUUCAAUACUUCUAGACCAAAAGGACAGUGGACUCUUUCCAGAGGCCUUAGUGCAAUAGUAAGCUUAUUUGUAGGGAAUAGCUGCCGCUACACAGAACCUGUGCUUUAGGAAAAGGUUGAGGGAUGAGGAAUUUCCUGCCAGUUUCAAGUGAGUAGAAGCAGCACAGAAGAGAUUUGCAUGGGCAGGUGCAGGACCACAUCAGGGAGUGUCUGACUCCUCUGCCUGCAACACCAAGCAAUACUCAAAAGGUAGGAAGAGAAAACAUAAAGCCACCCUUGGGAAAUUGGUUUACUUCUAUAUUAAUAAGCUAAGCACUAUUUGGUACAAGCUCAGACUGSAAGGGCAAGCUCAGUUUUGUUUGAAACUCCAGUCCUAAGUCACUUGGCUGCUAACUCAUGGUCCAAAAGGUUAUCAUCAGCAGGACCCUGUCAGAGUUUCCUGCACCAUUUAUUGCAGCUGUGUGCUAACCAKGGGUAUGGUCGUCAGCCUAGUCCCAGCACAAAUAUUCUCCUCAGGAAGGCUCUUAGUAAAGCUACAUUAAACAUGAAAAAGGUAAYUGAAGAUUUGCAAUGUGAUAUAGCUUAAAACAUAAAGAUUCKCUUUUCUUUUAAAGAAGGUGGCAGUCACUUAGAAUUCAUGUUCUUCCUGGUUUUGACCAACUUCACACCAUUCCUUUCUCCCUAGUGAGGAAUACCAAAGUAUUUUUGACAAGUGGAAAUGAAGAAUCCUAUUUUAAUUUGAAAGGUCUUUGCCUUAUUCAGUUCCUCUCCUAAAAGAAUUUCUAAAAAGGAAGCUGUAAAGCAKUUGUGAGAGCUCCCCUGCUGUGGUUUAUGCUAAUAAAGCAACGGCAUAGGCAGGAAAGGACACCUUGCUGUUACUGCAAAUAUAUGUUAACUACCUUAAGCAAGCCAUUACUUUGUCUCAACAUUUCAGUGGUUGUUACUCCUUGUUACUCAUCCCCAAAGAACACUCGAGGAAACAUGCAAUUCAAAAAUUUAAUGUUGUACCAGGCUGUGAGAAUGAAAAGUCCAUUCCCUAGGAGGAGCAACUGUACACGAAAUAAAUAAGUUACAGUUUAAACAAAAGCACGACUGGCUUUUUAAAGUGCAUGUGUAUAAGGCCCUUAGGCUCUGAACUCCAUUGGCUCAAUAUUAAAAAAAAAAAAAAAAAGUAUAUAAAUCUGCUAUGUGUUUAAAAACGAAGAAGGUCUGGCUCAGCUCAGAACAAGGCAUCAGCUUCAUUGCCUGGAGCCAGCUAUACUUCACACCUUUUGUUCUUUUUGCGCUACUGCACACAGGAGAGAGAGAGAGAAAAAGAUGUCUUAGAAUGGCAUCUGUAAUGCACUCCAACUCCACACUCAGAAGCUCUGUGUUAGAUCAUUCAGUCUGGAGAGUACUUCUUUCAGACAGUAAAAGAGUUGUUUGUAAUUAGAUAUGUUUACACCCUGUGGACAAUAACUUCACAUACAAAGAGUCUGGUCAAGUUGUCAGCAAUAACAUGGCUAGUAAAAAGUAAAGGACUAUUGUUUACAGUCUUUAUGCUCAGUCCUGUCCACUUAUUUUACACUUAUUUUUUUACAGAACCUUUUCAUGUUUGCUUGUUUGUUUUGAAAUACACAGAAAAAACAAUUCUAUUGUGCAAUAAAAUUGCAUCAUUGUCCUUCAUCCACGUGAGAACAAAACUCAAGUGGUUACUUCUGAACAGGGACUGCAGUUCAGGGCAUUUCCCUGCUCAAGUUGAGUUACAGCAAAAAGGUUGUUUCUGCACAAAUGAAA